AUGUCGUAUACUCAGGCCGAGAGGAUGAAGCAUAAAGUACUGAUGGCAAUGUCUUACACCAAUGUCAAUGAAAAACAGCUUAAGGAACCAACUCCAUCAGUCGAGAGAAUCAUACGAUCUGCCGUGAGAGAUACUAGAUCAGAAAAGUUUGCCCCGUCAAAACGCCAAUUGGCUUGUACUCUACAUCGACAAGCCGAUCAACUUCACAGAAACGGGAAUUAUAAAGCGGCGUUGGUACUCUACCACCGAGCGGCACGACUCUACCCCCAGAAUGAUGCUCACAGUGUUGCGACUAAAAAAAUCUCAACGGGUAUUGUGUCAUCUACAAGCCCGUCCAUCAGAAAAUUUCAGGCUCUCUCAACUCCUACGAGAAGCAAAAAACCAAGCUUGCAAGUAUCUCACCCCCUUCUUCCUGCGCAAGACAUUCAAAAUCUUCGGAGGAACAGCGAGGAUCCUCCCACCGAUGUUAAGAACGACCUCAGGUGCUACGACACGAGAAAGGAUUUGAAGGAGAUGAGACCCCUCAGUGAAAUGGAAUUGAUAGGUUCACAGGUGAUGCUGAGCCAGCUCAAUGAAAUCGCCUGCAGGACUUUUCAUUCACUCAAGAAAUCCUUCAAUAAAAACCAUUUCGAAGACACCAUUAACAUUGGAAAUGAUCUGCUGAGAAUCAUCUCCUCGGGUGUCGAUCAAUACUGCUACCAAGUGGCAGCCCACAGAUAUUUGGCGCUAGCGUAUCUGUCUCUGAGACGCCAUGACAAGGCUGUUGAACAUUCCGUCAAGAUGAUAUUCGCGGCUAAAAAAUCAGACGACAUCAAUCUUAGAUUACGAUCGUGUGCGGUUUUCGGAAAGGUUCAUCUGGUUUUUGGACACUUGAACGCAGCUGUUAAGGGAUGGGAGAACCUGUUGACAUCACUGAAAGAAGCUGUGCCAAAAGCUUGGCUACUUCAUGAGAUUGGCAGGGGCCAUUAUGAAAUGAGAAAUUACCUGAAAGCGUUGGAAUUCUCCAAACGCUGUUGUGAUUGGGCAGCAGUGGGGGGCUCCAACAAAUGGAUGUAUCAUGGGAAGCUUCUCGGUGGUCAGGCAUUCAUCUGCCUCGGGCAGUUCUCUGAGGGGCUCGAAACACUUCAACGCGCCUCUAACAUCGCUGAGAUUGAUAAUGAUUCCGACAUGGGUCGAUACAUUCACAAUUUAAUUGAGAAGGUCUCUCAAGCAAUGCGCAAUCCAGUCAAGAGGGUCGAGAAGGAUUGUUUGACUGAGAUUUAUUCAGCUGACCUGCAUGUCAAUGAGGACGAUGAAAAUCCGAACGAUUUGGGAAAGUUCAAUAAUGAAUUUGGGUACAAAUUAUUCACGUCGAGGACGCGAGUAAUUCAGAAGUCUGUGGACGAAAAUAGGGAGAAUCCAAUCAAUACUCAGGAACCAUCUAUGGAGGCGAAAAUCAAUGAGACGAGUGGUAUCAUGAAUUGUUGCAUUGUUGAUAAGUGGAAGAAACAUUUGGAAGACAGUAGAAGGCCGCAUGAGCCACGACCCGACCAUAUAGAAUCUCUCCUAUGCCCUCCGACAAUCAAGCCCUCGGGAAUUAGUGGCUUCAGAGGUGUGGAGCUGCGCCAAGAGGAGGAGGGGGGAGGAGAGUUAUGUAGUAAUUCAAGCGGCGGGGAGGACGGGAAUGGGUGCGACAAGGGUGAUGGGAAUGAGGACGAUAGUGAAGACACUUCAAGAACUUAUGGGAUUGAGGCUGAUUUGUUGUAUCAAUGUUUUGUGGGAAACGGUGGAAAUUCUAAUGAUGAGGAGAAUUGA